AACUAGCUAGGGGAGGCCCACCAGCUACCAUAGUUGCUAUAGAUGAAGAGAGUCGGAAUGGUACAAUUUUGGUGGACAACAUGCUGAUCAAAGGCACGGCUGGAGGUCCAGACCCUACCAUAGAACUCUCUUUAAAGGACAACAUGGAUUACUGGGUGCUGCUGGAUCCUGUCAAACAAAUGCUUUUCCUAAACAGUACUGGCAGAGUUCUGGAUAGAGACCCCCCGGUGAACAUCCACUCCAUCGUGGUGCAAGUGCAGUGCGUCAACAAGAAGGUGGGCACCGUCAUCUACCACGAAGUGCGGAUCGUGGUGCGGGACCGGAACGACAACUCUCCCACCUUCAGACACGAGAGCUACCACGCCACGGUGAACGAGCUUACUCCUGUGGGCACCACGAUAUUCACAGGAUUUUCGGGAGACAACGGAGCUACUGACAUAGAUGAUGGCCCAAAUGGACAGAUAGAGUACGUUAUCCAGUACAAUCCAGAAGAUCCGACAUCGAAUGACACCUUCGAAAUUCCCCUCAUGUUGACCGGAAAUGUGGUGCUCAGGAAGAGGCUCAACUAUGAAGAUAAGACUCAGUACUUUGUCAUCAUCCAAGCCAACGACCGUGCUCAGAAUCUGAAUGAAAGGCGAACCACCACAACCACCCUCACGGUGGACGUCCUGGAUGGAGAUGACUUGGGCCCAAUGUUUCUUCCUUGUGUCCUUGUGCCAAACACUCGCGACUGCCGCCCACUCACCUAUCAAGCUGUCAUACCCGAGCUGAGAACUCCGGAAGAACUGAACCCCAUUAUUGUUACCCCACCUAUCCAAGCCAUUGAUCAGGACCGGAAUAUUCAGCCACCCUCGGACAGACCGGGCAUCCUCUACUCCAUCCUUGUCGGGACGCCUGAGGAUUUCCCACGAUUUUUCCAUAUGCAUCCCAGGACCGCAGAGCUUAGUCUUCUAGAGCCAGUGAACAGAGACUUUCAUCAGAAAUUUGAUUUGGUUAUUAAGGCGGAGCAGGACAAUGGCCACCCCCUUCCUGCCUUUGCCAGUCUACAUAUUGAAAUAUUGGAUGAAAAUAACCAGAGUCCUUAUUUCACCAUGUCCAGUUAUCAAGGCUAUAUCUUGGAAUCUGCCCCAGUGGGAGCAACCAUUUCUGACAGUGUGAACUUAACCACUCCUCUGAGAAUUGUUGCUCUGGACAAAGACAUAGAAGAUAUGAAAGACCCAGAACUUCACCUUUUUCUGAAUGAUUACACAUCAGUCUUCACCGUGACCCAGACGGGUAUUACUCGCUACCUCACCCUGCUUCAACCAGUUGACAGAGAAGAGCAGCAAUUUUACACCUUUUCGAUAACAGCAUUUGAUGGUGUACAGGAAAGUCGGCCCGUCGUCGUCAAUAUCCGGGUGCUGGAUGCAAAUGACAACACCCCCACCUUCCCAGCAAUUUCCUAUGACAUCUACGUGUACACAGACAUGAGGCCGGGUGACAGCGUCAUUCAGCUCACUGCAGUCGACGCAGACGAAGGGUCGAACGGGGAGAUCACAUACGAAAUCCUGGUCGGGGAUCAGGGACACUUCGUCAUUAAUAAAACAACGGGGCUGAUCACGGUCGCUCCGGGGGUGGAGCUGACGGUGGGACAGACCUACGCGCUCACGGUCCAGGCGGCGGAUAAUGCUCCUCCCGCGGAGAGAAGGCAGUCGAUCUGCACGGUGUACAUCGAAGUACUUCCUCCAAAUAAUCAGAGCCCUCCUCGCUUCCCGCAGCUCAUGUACAGCCUUGAAAUUAGUGAAGCCAUGAGGGUCGGUGCUGUUUUACUAAAUCUACAGGCAACAGACCGAGAGGGAGACCCCAUAACAUAUGCCAUUGAGAACGGGGAUCCUCAGCGAGUAUUUAAUCUUUCAGAAACUACAGGGAUUCUAACCUUAGGCAAAGCUCUGGACAGGGAAAGCACAGACCGCUACAUUCUGAUUGUCACGGCUUCAGAUGGCAGGCCAGAUGGGACCUCAACAGCCACAGUGAACGUGGUAGUAACAGAUGUCAACGACAAUGCUCCCGUGUUUGAUCCCUAUCUGCCUAGAAAUUUAUCUGUGGUAGAGGAGGAAGCUAAUGCCUUUGUGGGUCAAGUGAGGGCCACAGACCCUGAUGCAGGAAUAAAUGGCCAAGUGCACUACAGCUUGGGCAACUUCAAUAAUCUGUUUCGCAUAACCUCCAAUGGGAGCAUCUACACCGCUGUGAAGCUUAAUCGGGAGGUGAGGGACUACUACGAGCUCAUUGUAGUGGCCACAGAUGGGGCUGUCCACCCUCGACAUUCCACUCUGACACUGGCCAUUAAGGUCUUGGACAUUGAUGACAACAGCCCUGUGUUCACCAAUUCAACCUACACUGUAGUUGUAGAGGAGAAUCUGCCAGCUGGGACCACUUUCCUGCAAAUAGAGGCUAAAGAUGUUGACCUCGGUGCAAACGUGUCUUAUCGGAUAAGAAGCCCAGAAGUGAAGCACAUUUUUGCACUGCAUCCCUUCACAGGAGAGCUAUCCCUUUUAAGGAGCUUGGAUUACGAGGCCUUUCCAGAUCAAGAAGCGAGCAUCACCUUUUUGGUAGAGGCAUUUGAUAUUUAUGGAACAAUGCCACCUGGAAUUGCUACUGUCACAGUAGUAGUAAAGGACAUGAACGAUUAUCCUCCGGUAUUUAGCAAGCGAGUCUACAAAGGGAUGGUGGCUCCAGAUGCAGUCAAGGGUACUCCGAUCACUACAGUCUAUGCUGAGGAUGCAGACCCACCUGGGUUGCCUGCAAGCCGUGUGAGGUAUAGAGUAGAUGAUACCCAGUUUCCUUACCCUGCCAGUAUUUUUGAUGUAGAAGAAGAUUCUGGAAGAGUAAUAACGCGUGUCAAUCUUAAUGAAGAACCUACAACAAUUUUUAAGUUGAUCGUUGUUGCUUUUGAUGAUGGGGAACCGGUGAUGUCCAGCAGUGCCACAGUGAAAACCCUCGUGCUGCAUCCUGGAGAGAUCCCACGCUUCACACAGGAGGAAUACAGGCCUCCUCCGGUAAGUGAACUUGCAGCUAGAGGGACCCCAGUUGGUGUGAUUUCUGCUGCAGCCAUCAAUCAGAGCAUCGUCUAUUCCAUUGUUUCAGGAAAUGAAGAAGAUAAGUUCGGAAUCAAUAACAUCACAGGUCUCAUCUACGUGAAUGGCCCUCUGGACUACGAGACCAGGACGAGUUAUGUCCUUCGUGUCCAGGCAGAUUCCCUGGAAGUGGUCCUCGCCAAUCUCCGAGUUCCUUCAAAAAGUAAUACAGCUAAAGUAUACAUUGAAGUUCAGGAUGCAAAUGAUCACCCACCAGUGUUUCAAAAGAAAUUCUACAUCGGAGGUGUGUCGGAGGAUGCAAGAAUGUUCGCGUCAGUGCUCAGAGUAAAGGCUACUGAUAAAGAUACUGGAAAUUAUAGUACCAUGGCAUACAGGCUUAUCAUACCACCAAUCAAAGAAGGAAAAGAAGGAUUUGUGGUCGAAACAUACACGGGGCUUAUCAAGACUGCCAUGCUCUUCCAUAAUAUGAGGAGGUCCUACUUCAAGUUUCAAGUUAUUGCAACGGAUGAUUAUGGGAAGGGACUCAGUGGAAAAGCAGAUGUACUUGUCUCUGUGGUCAAUCAGCUGGAUAUGCAAGUCAUUGUUUCCAAUGUGCCACCAACUUUAGUGGAAAAGAAGAUAGAAGACCUCACAGAGAUUUUGGAUCGCUAUGUUCAGGACCAAAUCCCCGGUGCCAAGGUGGUGGUGGAGUCCAUUGGUGCCCGCAGGCAUGGAGACGCUUUUUCUCUGGAAGAUUACACCAAGUGUGACCUCACUGUCUACGCAAUCGACCCCCAAACCAACAGAGCUAUUGACAGACAUGAGCUUUUUAAAUUUUUGGAUGGCAAGUUGCUUGACAUCAACAAAGACUUUCAGCCCUAUUAUGGGGAAGGAGGUCGAAUACUGGAGAUCCGGACACCAGAGGCGGUGACCAGCAUUAAAAAGAGAGGAGAAAGUUUGGGCUACACAGAAGGGGCUUUGUUGGCCUUAGCCUUCAUCAUCAUCCUCUGCUGUAUUCCUGCCAUCUUGGUUGUAUUAGUCAGCUACCGACAAUUUAAAGUACGCCAAGCCGAGUGCACCAAGACGGCGCGAAUUCAGUCUGCUUUACCUGCUGCCAAACCUGCAGCGCCGGCCCCCGCUCCCAUGGCGGCGCCACCUCCCCCGCCGCCCCCGCCAGGCGCGCACCUCUACGAGGAGCUUGGUGACAGCGCAAUGUAUGAGAUGCCUCAAUACGGAAGUCGCCGUCGACUGCUACCGCCGGCUGGACAGGAGGAAUAUGGUGAAGUGGUGGGCGAAACUGAAGAGGAGUACGAGGAGGAAGAGUGGGCAAGAAAAAGAAUGAUCAAGUUAGUGGUUGAUCGAGAGUACGAAACUAGCUCCACGGGAGAGGACAGCGCGCCUGAAUGUCAGAGACCCCGUCUUCACAGCCCGAGAGCCCAGAGUAAUAUCAACGGCAACAUAUACAUUGCCCAGAACGGCUCUGUGGUGCGAACCCGCCGUGCCUGCCUCGCUGAGAACUUGCAAGUCCCUGCUCCCGGCCCACUGGGGAGGCACUUAAAGCAAUUAGACAAGUUGGCGGUGACACACGAGGAGCACGUUCCUCUGAACACGUUGUCCAAGGGCCCGUUUUCUACUGAGAAAAUGAGCAAACGACCCACUCUGGUUACCUUUGCACCUUGUCCCGUGGUGGCGGAGGGUGCCGCGGUGAAGUCGCUGGGCAACAGGCUGCAAAGCACAGCGCAGCAGGGGUCAGGGACGGACAGCAGGCGCGUCAAGGACUCUUCGGAAUUCCACAGCGACCACACGCAGUCGGAACAGGAGGAGGAGCUGUGGAUGGGCCCCUGGAACAACCUCCAUAUUCCAAUGACGAAACUGUGACCCGUUUUUUAGGAGUCGUUUUACUUUUUAACUUCAGUUUUUAAUGAACUGUGCUUUUUAUUGUCACUGAGAAAACAACGUAUGGAAUUUAUAUCAUUCACAGAAGAUAAAACUUUGAACUAUAUGCUUUAAGAUUUUAAAAAACAGAAAUUUGCACCAACACUUAGGUUAA